UCAAAGAAGAAGAGAAGCCGUCAAUUUUCUCCAAAACAACCCCGCCAGGCAGUUUGGGUUGAGGGUAAGGGGUGACGGAGCGGUGGCAAAUUAUUCCAAGGCGCGAUCCAGUGAAAAGAGCGAGAGAGGAGACGGCGUGGGUUGACUGGGCUGGAAGUGCAUCCCUUUCCUGCGCCGGGAGGACCCCCGGAAGCUCGUGUCGGGGACACCGGAGACCAUUGAUCUACCCUCGUCCUUCCUGCGCGCACUUCUCGCUUUCUCCGGAGGCCGAUCCAGAGCGCGAGGGAGCGGCGACGGCAUGAGCCGGUGCUGACCUCCGCCCGGCGGGCCAAGCCCUGGGCUUUGUCGCAUACCUGAGCCCGGCCCGCAACUCCGUGCCCGGCUUUUGCAAUCUUUUGUUGGCAGCGCUGACCGCUCUAAGUUAAAUGCUCCCUUGCUAUUUUUUUUUUUUUUUUUCUUUUUGUCUGUUUGUUUAAAUUUUGGAGAGCUCUAGCGAUCUUGGAAAAGCCUCAGACGCCAUCUACAGUUAAAACGUAGGUAAUUACCCUCUCCGGACCCUCUCCGGCAACCUCCCCCCGCCGCCCGCCUUCCACGCCCCCCACCCUUUCCACCAAAAAAGGGGGUGCAGCGCGGAUUCAGUCUGCGGUGCGGCGCGAGCCGGUACCCGGGCUUGUUUCCUUUUUCUUUUUGUUUGGUUUCUAACGCGCCGAGACCAAGCGGCGGCCGUGUGCGCUCCCCGAAGACUGCACAAACUACAGCGAGGCUCCUCCGCCCCGUCUGCUUCGGGAGCCUGCGUGGGGACUGCUUCGGGAACCCCAGAGCUGCAGCUCCUCACCUUAGCAAUCCGGUUACAAGUCCCGAUCCACGUUGCAAAAGGAGCGAGCGAGAGAGAGAAACUAAAAGUGCGAAGAUUCUGCAAGUCGCUGGUGGCUUUGGGGGUAACAAAAGGACCCGAGUUGCCGCCGACCGAGGACCCCCCCCCCCCCGGGAGUCGGGCUCGGAGCAGACGAGGUGCCCGGCGGCUGCCGUUUGGUGGGUGCUUCUAACUCUUUCUCCACGUAGCCCCCUUCCCGUCCCUCCCCUCUCGAUCCCUUUUAACAUCCGUGGCACGGAGGCGCCUGCAGCCGCACUCGCCCGCGACUCAUCUCUCCAGCGGUUUUUUUUUGUUUGUCGAGUGCGAUCCCCACACUCAUGAACAUACACAGGUCUACCCCCAUCACAAUAGCAAGAUAUGGGAGAUCGCGGAACAAAACCCAGGAUUUCGAGGAGUUGUCGUCUAUAAGGUCUGCCGAACCCAGCCAGAGUUUCAGCCCGAACCUCGGCUCCCCGAGCCCGCCUGAGACUCCGAACUUGUCGCAUUGCGUUUCUUGCAUUGGGAAAUACUUAUUGUUGGAACCCCUGGAGGGAGACCACGUUUUUCGGGCCGUGCAUCUGCACAGUGGAGAGGAGCUGGUGUGCAAGGUGUUUGAUAUCAGCUGCUACCAGGAGUCCCUGGCCCCCUGCUUUUGCCUGUCUGCCCACAGCAACAUCAACCAAAUCACCGAAAUUAUCCUGGGGGAGACCAAAGCCUAUGUGUUCUUUGAGCGGAGCUAUGGGGACAUGCAUUCCUUCGUCCGUACCUGCAAGAAGCUGAGGGAGGAGGAGGCGGCCAGGCUCUUCUACCAGAUUGCCUCGGCCGUGGCCCACUGCCACGACGGGGGGCUGGUGCUCCGGGACCUCAAGCUGCGGAAAUUCAUCUUUAAGGACGAAGAAAGGACUCGGGUCAAGCUGGAAAGCCUGGAAGACGCCUAUAUUCUGCGGGGAGAUGACGACUCACUCUCCGACAAGCACGGCUGCCCAGCGUAUGUCAGCCCGGAGAUCUUGAACACCAAUGGCAGCUACUCGGGCAAAGCAGCUGACGUGUGGAGCCUGGGAGUGAUGCUCUACACCAUGCUGGUUGGGCGGUACCCUUUCCAUGACAUUGAGCCCAGUUCCCUCUUCAGCAAGAUCCGGCGUGGCCAGUUCAACAUUCCAGAGACUCUGUCGCCCAAGGCCAAGUGCCUCAUCCGGAGCAUCCUGCGGCGGGAGCCCUCGGAGCGGCUGACCUCCCAGGAGAUUCUGGACCAUCCUUGGUUUUCUACAGAUUUUAGCGUCUCGAAUUCAGGAUAUGGUGCUAAGGAAGUGUCUGAUCAGCUGGUGCCGGAUGUCAACAUGGAGGAGACCUUGGACCCUUUCUUUAACUGAGCUCAUGCCCCACGGGGACUUAGCAGGUACCAGAAGCGAGAGAGAGGGCAGCGGAGAGGAGUUCUUCCAGGGAACACGUAUCGCCUGGCUUGGUAGCAGGAGGGACACGGACACUCAGGCUUCUUGGUUCAAAGAAGGAAAACCAUCAAGGAGCUGACUGAACAUGUAGCAUGGGGGCCAGAGAUGCGGGAUGGAGGCGGGCUCCAGGGUCCUGUCGGGCGGGCAGGAGUCCCCUGGAGCUUCUCUCGCCCGACGGAACCCCCCCCCCCCCACCUCGGGAGACCACCCCUGUCAGCUGGGCUGCUUCCGCCUAUCCCCCUUUCCAUUUUGUUCCAAAUAGUUGCAAAUCUUGAUAGAAUCAAAACUCUGCCUCAAACACACAUCUUGGCAUCGCACUGUUAGCAUUUAACUUCUUGUCAUGAUUCAGGGAAGGUACCAUUGGCCAAGGGUUUUUUGUUUUUUAUUUUCUUUUUAAACAAGCCAGCCACCUAUCUGAUAAUUCACGGGGUUCAUUAAAAAAAAAUUCGGUGCACACAGACUGAUGUGAAACCUGGGUGCUAAAACUAAAAGAAAAUAAAAGUCCAGUUUGUGUCUCCUAAUUGCGCUCUUCAACUCAUUUCUUCUAAAUAAACUAUUGAAUAUCCUGGUCAGGAAAUGACACAUUUAGUGCUUUGCUCCCUGAAGUGGGGGGAAAAAAUCAAAUCAAAUACUGUCCUUUAACCCAGUAUUCUGU